CUCUGGAUACAAGUGAUGCGAUCUCGGUUCUCGCUCUUGUUGGACACUGCGUACUUAGAGAGCCAAUCAGCGACGCGGAGGUGCCAAGGUACACCGUCAACAGGAAGCCAGUCCACACUCCAGCUCUCUCAGGCCCUAGGAGAAAAGAUGUCUUUUGCCUACUUGCUCCCGCUGCUGGCGAGCGCCAAGGUCCUGAGUCAGACCCAGGCUGGCUCACACUCGCUGCGGUAUUUCACCACCGCCAUGUCCCGGCCCGGCCUCGGGGAGCCCCGGUUCAUCUCCGUCGGCUACGUGGACGACACGGAGUUCGUGCGCUACGACAGCGACGCGGAGACUCCGAGAAUGGAGCCGCGCGCGCAGUGGAUGGAGCAGGAGGAGCCCGAGUAUUGGGAGCGGGAGACGCGGAUCGCCAGGGACACAGGGAGGAACUUCAGAGUGAACCUCAAGACCCUGCUCGGCUACUACAAUCGGAGUGAGGAUGAACCUCACACGCUGCAGUGGAUGUACGGCUGCGACCUGGGGCCUGACGGGCGCCUGCUCCGGGGCUACUGUCAGGAAGCCUACGACGGCCGGGAUUACAUCUCCCUGAACGAGGACCUGCGCUCCUGGACGGCGAAUGACGCAGCCGCCCAGAUCUCCAAGCGCAAGUCUGAGCAGGUCGAUGAGGCGCACCACCAGAGGGCGUACCUGCAAGGUCCCUGCGUGCACUGGCUCCAGAAAUACCUGAAAUUGGGAGCGGAGACGCUGCUGCGCUCAGACCCCCCAAAGGCACAUGUGGCCCAUCACCCCAGACCUGAAGGUGAUGUCACCCUGAGGUGCUGGGCCCUGGGCUUCUACCCUGCUGACAUCACCCUCACCUGGCAGCUGAAUGGGGAGGACCUGACCCAGGACAUGGAGCUUGUGGAGACCAGGCCUGGAGGGGAUGGAACCUUCCAGAAGUGGGCAGCUGUGGUGGUGCCUUCUGGGAUGGAGCAGGAUUACACAUGCCAAGUGGUGCAUGAGGGUCUGCCUGAGCCCCUCACCCUGAGAUGGGAGCCUCCUGAGUCCAAGGUCCCCAUCAUGGCAAUCAUUGCUGUUCUGGUUGUCCUUGGAGCUGUGACCAUCAUUGUGGCUGUGGUGGCUGUUGUGAGGAAGAGGAGGAGAAACAGAGGUGGAAAAGGAGGGGACUAUUCUCCUUUUAGAGGUAAGUGUAGGGGCAGGCUUGUCCCUGAGACCCUUGGGGUGGAGCUGGAGGUGGUGGGGAGCUCAGCCAGCCCAUAGUUCCACCCCCUGCCUGAGUGUGGCUUCUUAUGUCUUCUCCAACAGGCAGAGACAAUUCCCAGAGCUCUAGCUUGUUUCUGAAGGCUUGAAAAGGUGACCGCCUCAGUGCCUGGGAUCGGAGCUGAGGUAAAGGGGACAGGACUGGGUCCCAGGGCUUUUGGGGACUCAGA